AUGGACGCGUCCGGGUCGGCGGCGACGACCGCGGCGGCGCCGAUCGAGCUCCCGUUGAACGCGCACGACGGCGCGAAAAUCCGCGAGCGCGACCACUACCACGGCUCGGCGUUUUACCCCGGCGUCCUCGGAUGCGAGUCCACGUGCGAAGGCACCGCCGUGACGAAGGAGGCGUGCGAUGCGAUGUUCUUCUGCGAUUGGGACGACGGAAAGUGCUGGUCUGGCGUCGGCGGGAAGGACUGCCCGGGGAGCAAAGAGGAGAUGCACGCGAUGAUCGCGAGCGAGAUGGAGGCGGUGAAGAGCGGCGAUUCGUCGCUCGCGGACGACGUGAUUCAUCAUCGCAACGGCGGCGAGGAAAGCGCUCUCGACGCCAACGCGUUCUCCAAGUCUACGACGAACUCCACGACCGACACCAUGAUGGACACCAUGACCGACACCAUGACGGACACCAUGACGGACACCAUGACCGACACCAUGACGGACACCAUGAUGGACACCAUGACGGACACCAUGGAGGACACUUCCGGCAACUCGUCGUCGUCCGCCUACCUCCCCGUCGAGGACGUGGACUACCACCCGAUGAACCACCACUUGGACGAACUCCCGGCUGGAUUCUCCCAGGCACUCGAGAGGCACAUGCACGUCACCGACGGCGCCGCGUUCAUCACAAACUGCGGCAUUCCGCAAGACAUCGUGGAUUACCUCGGCAAGGACCCCGCGAAGAUCGAGACGCUCGGGGCGUGGAUGAAGUCGCAUAAGGACUACAAAGACUUCCGCGCGAGCACGGACCUGAAGGAGAUGGAGGCAGCGUGGACCGCGUCCGGGGGGAAGUCGUGCCACCCCGCCGACGACCACGACUGGGACGCCGCGUCCGCGCCCGCGCCCACUCCGGGACAUGAGGCGGACGUGAACGCGGCGAUCGAAGAAGAGGCGGGGGCGGUCGCGCCCGCGUCCGGUGGCGCCGCGACGGCGCACUUCGAAGCCGCCGCGCCCGCGGCUGACGUCGCGGCGCCCGCGCCCGCGCCCGCGCCCGACGACGCCGCGCCCGCGCCCGCGCCCGCGCCCGACGACGCGGCGCCCGCGCCUGCGCCCGUGUACGACGACGCGGCGCCCGCGCCCGCGCCCGACCGACGACGCGGCGCCCGCGCCCGCGCCCGACGCCGCGGCGCCCGCGCCCGACGCUGCGGCGCCCGCGCCUGCGCCCGACGAUUCCGCGUCCGACGAUGCGGCGCCCGCGCCCGCGUCUUCCACCGCGAACACUUUGGAAGACGACGCGGCGAGAACGCUCUCUGUAGUCAACGCCGCCACCGCGGCCUCGCCGACGCGGCCGCCAACCACCGUGGACACGUUGGAAGAGGACGCGGCGAAAACGCUCUCUGUAGUCAACGGCGGCGCCGCCGACCGGCCACCGCUUGA